UGUGUUUUAUUUUGAGGAAGUGAAACUCGUGUUCUGCUAGGGAAGAUCAGGGGAUAAUUUCUUGGACUGAUUUAUUGCAACAAUUUAACACUCUGUUCACUUCGCAUCAAAGAUGGCAAGUGACGAACUCUCCAAAAAAUUAAACAGACGAAAUGAAAUCAACGAAGGGGGUGAAGCCUCUGAAUUACCGUCUAUGAAUGUUUGGAACCCCUACACAGAAUUCAAAGAGUUUUCUCGUAAACAAAUCCAGGAUUUCCAGAAGACCUUUAACAAGUAUGAUGUUACAAAGGAUAAGUUCAUUGACUUUAACGAGCUGAAGCUAAUGAUGGAGAAAAUUGGAGCCCCACAGACACACCUGUCUCUAAAGGCUAUGAUCAAGGAAGUUGACGAAGACCAUGACGAUAAAAUCAACUUCAGGGAAUUCCUGUUGAUUUUCCGUAAAGCCAAUGCCGGCGAAUUAGAGGCAGGAAGUGGUCUGAUGGACCUGUUUGAAAACAUGACGGAAAUCGAUGUGGAGAAAGAGGGUGUCAAAGGAGCCAAAAACUUCUUUCAAGCUAAAAUUGAGCAGCAAUCUGCCAGCAAAAAGUUUGAGGAGGAAAUUAAGAAUGAACAAGAAGAAAAGAGGAAAGAACUAGAGGAGAAGAAAGAGAGACAAAAGGCAUUCAAGGAGAAGGCUAACUUUUUCAAGCAGGCAGCUAGUUAAAGAGGAGGGCUUUAAAGUGAGCAUACAUGUGCAUAGGUUUAAGCAAUGGAUGCAUGAAAGCAGUUUUUAUGUAAUGGUUAACGUGAAAUGAAGCAUUACUAUCAGAUUGGAAUUUUUUAAGCACCAUUUUUUCAUUCAAUUUGUGAAACAAAAGUUUUGCUGUUUAACAAAAUCAAGAACUGAUUUUAGCAUUUAAAUUAAAAUAUGUACGUUGUAUUUUCUUUGCCGGUAUUGUUGGACUUUAUUAUUGUUAGGGGGAUUUUGUGGUCUUUUAACAUUGAAGUUGAAAUUUUUUUCACUUGCACUGGUCUUCCGCUUGAUAUUGAAACUUUUCUGUAAUCUGAAUGUAGAGAAUGUAGAUUAGUACCUUAAGUUUAAAAUUGUCACCUCAGGAACCUGUUAGCAACAACAUGAUAUUUUUUGUUUUGGGGUAAAUUUGCAAUAAAUUGUUAUUUUCUGUUAAAAGUUAAUGUUGAUAAAUAUUUUAUGUAUAGUUGAUAAUGCAAGAUUGUUUUUUUUUUCCUUUUUCCUUUGUUAAUUUUUUUUGGUAUUGGAGUGCAAUUUUGUUAAUGAUCUGAAUUUGUUUUCUGAUUUUGAGUUAUUCCUAGUCCUUGAAAUAAUUUUUUUAUUAUAUAUUUCUUUCCAUUUUAAUGCUCGUACUAACAUUGUAUACUUUGCACAAGAUCUGAUUUAGUUUUUAAUUUGAACAAAACCUAUCUGUGUUAUUUGAUUUUUUUUAUGGGAGAGGUUUAUUUUUUCACUCGCCUUGUAAAUGAUGUUUUGUAUUUGUACCUGAAGAUCAGUAUGAAAUUGUUCAACCAUAACUAACGGUAAUGCAAUAUACAUGUAAGUAGAAAAAAUUAAAAUCUCACAAGUGCAUUCAUAUGUAUGAUUUACAAACCAAUCACUGCACUCUCUGUAUCUGAAAGUUAAUAACUUGGUCAUAUAUAUUUCAGAAUCAUUUUCUUACUCAAACGGUUAAUGUAAGUUUGGGACCAUGUUUAACUGUAUAGAAAUUGGUUUCCAAUGCAAGACUUCCAUUUAAAAAUAAAAUUAGUAGUACAUGUAUAACCAGUAAAAAAAACAGUGCAAUGACCUUUGAUAUUGCAAAUCUUUUGUUGGAUUAGACAUCACAUUAUCCUCGGAAAGGGUUUUAACGUUGCAAAAUGUCAAAUGCAAUUUACACUUGAACAGGGUGAGGUGCAUAAUUUUAUUGUAAAUUCCAUUAUUAUCCAACUUGUGUUCACCAGUAUUAAUUAAUAGUCUUAAAAAUCCAUUACAGUUGAAUUUCUCUUGUGUAAAAUAACCCCUUAUUAUUGUCGAUAUGGUGCUUGGCUUAAUUUUUUUGUAUGAUUUAUUGUAUAUUCCCCACCCUUUUAUCAAGUACUAAUCUUUUUUGUGUGGUUUCAGAUGUUUAUGUAAUACUUGGAUAUAUGUGUCUUGUGUUAGUGUACACAGGUAGAAGUAAUGUUUUUAUAUGUUUGUAACUCUAGUUGCAAUUGCUUCUUUUUUAUAUGUUUAUAUUGUACAAAAAUAAAUAUUCAUAUCAUGUGA